AUGUCGUCGCCGAAAUUCGCGGUUCCAGGGCUACCGGCUUCCAAAGUUACAGCAGAGGCGGGUAUUUCAUCAGUUCAUGAAACGGCAAUCGAAUCAGAGAAUGCCACCAAGGAGGAAGCUACCGACGACUUUGUAAACCCGGGUUUGCCUGCGUCCAAGCUCACCGAGAACUCAACGGAGAAUGCCAGAGUGCAGAAAAAGGGGGAAGCUGCACCUCAAACUAUUGAGAGAGCACCGCAAUCUCGUCCUGAAGCGCCGCCCUUGAACUACGAGCCACCGGAAUGGUCUGCAGCACCGAAGGAGGAGCGAUAUUUUGAGGUCUUGAAGGGUGGACAAAUCAUACACCGAACUCCAUCAAUAUCGAAGCCCAUGCUCGUUGUUGGUCGUCUACCCAUUUGCGAUAUCGAGUUGGAGCAUGCGAGCAUAUCACGAUACCACGCGGUGAUUCAGUUCAAAGGAGAUGGCACGGCAUAUGUUUAUGACUUGGGGAGCACCCAUGGAACGUUUUUAAACAAAAGCGAACUUCCGAAGGGCUCUUAUCAACGUCUACGGGUGGGAGAUAUGUUACGGUUUGGAGCAAGUACACGCAUAUACAUAUUCCAAGGAGAGGGAGAGCAAGUGGAAGAAAUAAAACGUGCCCCCGUGCCACGUAAGCAGCUAGCACAAGCGGAAAGCACUGGCGUGACAUGGGGGUUCGGAGAAGAUGCCUCAGAAGAAGACCAACCAGUCGAAUAUGAUUUGCCAGAGAAUGAUAAUACGGCUGUCGAUGAAAACGCAUAUUACUACGCCGAUCCAAGAAAGGCUUUGCGUUUAUGGUUGGAAGCACGUGGUUAUGAUAUGGAAUUCCGGGUCGAGGAGGAAGGGCAUGGACGAGACCGGGGCUACGUUGCUAGAAUCGAACUACCAGUUGAAGUGGGAUAUGGGGCUGCGCUUCAGGGUGUGGGGCACGGACGUCGGAAGAAGGAGGCGGAGAACGAUGCGGCUUUGGAUGCCUGUAUCAAGCUGGAUAAGCGGGGAGUUUUGCGGUCGAAUAGGGCGGAGCAGGCUGAAGCAGAAAGAAAUCGUAUGAAAGCGCUUCUCGGGGAUGAGGACGAGUCAGAGGAUUCAUUUUAUGAUCGAACCAAACGCACGGGAAAAUCGAAAACGUUACCAAAGAAAAGUGCACCUGCCAAAGCCGAAACUUACGAAUCUCUCCUCAAGAAGCGAGAUGCUGUACUCGCUGACAUUGCAGAUAUUCAACGACAGGUGGAGGCAGACGCGGAAUCCAAAGCUGAUGGAGACGCAGACCAAGACGAGCUUGAUCAAGUUAUGCUUGCCUUGCACAGCAAAGAAGCAUCACAAGCUAAAGAGACUUUGAAGAGAAAGAUCCCACCUUUGCAAAAGGAAGUUGAACGGUUGAACAAGUUGAUUAAACUGGUUGCGCCAACUUCAAUUAGCUUACCGGCACCUCCGCCUGCAGCGACACAAAGUACCCAACCUGCGGACGCAAAAAGGACGAAGCCAUUGCCUGGACCCUCACCAAUAUCUCAACCCCCAGCUGUGCAACAGAUGCCUCCAUCAUCACAGGAACACAAAACCACGGAUGAUGACGAGGACAUUCCGUCUCCAAAGUACGGUCUAGUGAUACCACAACCACCACUCACGGGCAAUGGUAAAAGGAAAGAACCAGACAGUACGUCAAAUGGAAAACCAGAACGAGAUCCGACGAAACGACGAAGGGUUUAUGGCGUGUUAACUCAAGCGCAGGUUGAAGAACAUGAACAGGUGGAAAAGGAGGAGGCUGUGGAUUGGAUCGCGCCGGGGGGAAACGUUACAGAUGCUGAUGUUGCAAAGUCUAACGCGGCUUAUGGGUAUUGAAAAGUCAUUGUUCUAUAUAAAGAAAUGUGCAUAGUUCGCAGGACGUGGAUUUACUCCAAUACGUAUCCUCUGCCUUUGCUGGUUCUCACGUAUUUCUGGAUUAGCAAGUCAAUCCUCGACUUUCUAACCCUAUG